AUGGGCCGGGCUGAAGGCGAACGGUCCAACCCUAGCACGAUUCCCAAAACCCAAAGCUCCUCCUCAUCCUCUUCCAUGGCGAUGGCGUCCGCGCUCCCGCUCCUCCUCGGCCCCCGCCCCAUCAUCUCUCCGAGGCCCACUGCAACGGGCCGCUUCCUCUCCAGCUCCGCUCACCUGUCCACCGCCCCUGCCCCCGUCGAGCCCCUGAAGGGCGGCGGCCGCCUCGCGCGGCUCCAGACGCUCCACGCAGCCUCCUGCUGCAACUCCGCCCCCGCAGCAGCAUCUGGAGGAGUGGAGGCGGCCCGGGCGAAGGGCUUGCAGCUCGUGGCCUGGUACCUUCUGUCUCUUGACAAGCAUCCGGUGGCGACCAAGGCUGUCACUUCUGCUGUGCUGACUCUGGCCGGGGACCUCAUCUGCCAGCUUGUAAUUGAUAAAGUGCCAGAGCUAGACCUGAAGAGAACAUUUGUGUUCACGUUAUUGGGACUUGUCCUGGUGGGGCCAACGUUGCAUUUCUGGUACUUGUAUUUGAGUAAAUUAGUGACGAUCAGCGGGACAUCUGGUGUCAUUUCUCGCCUGUUACUUGACCAGUUCAUCUUCUCUCCUGUUUUCAUUGGUGUCUUCAUGAGCUUACUCGUAACCUUGGAGGGAAAGCCAUCUCUUGUAGUGCCAAAGCUUAAGCAGGAGUGGUUCUCUUCAUUGAUCGCGAAUUGGCAAUUGUGGAUACCGUUCCAGUUUUUGAAUUUCUAUUUUGUCCCACAGAAGCUCCAGGUUCUUGCCGCUAAUUUUGUAGCCCUUGCAUGGAACGUGAUUUUGUCAUACAAAGCUCAUAAGAAGGUUAUCGCGGAGUAA